ACACAUAUAUAUAUAUAUAUACACAUAUACAUAUAUAUGCUGUUGGAUCCAGCAAAUGAAUCUCUAACUAACCACCAAGAAAUCUCCCCCUUAUUUCUCUAACAACAUCGAAGUAUUUCUCUUAUUAUCUGAAAACAAGAAGAAGAAGAAGAAGAAGGAGAUGGAGAGCGAGAAGCUCAGAGGGAUAUCGUUCAGAUCGAUUCUCCUCCAUUCUCUGUGGACAACUCUCACAGGAGUUCUCCUCUUCCGCCUCGCCGCCUCGAACGCUCGCAACCAAACAUACGUAAAGCUCUUCGCGAUCUCCGGCACGUUGCUUGUCACGUUGCCAUGGAUAGUCCAGCUUCUGGUCUCGUCAGUUGUGAUAUCAUUACACAGCAAGACCAAAGGCUACGACCUUGACUGGAUCGUCCGGCGCCCAUCCAAGGCCAAAGUCACUGCUCCGUCUUUGCCCUGUCGUCAAGUUGUGGAUGAAGGGGAGGCGGAUGAGAUCGAGAUAAGGAUUGUGAUCGGUGCGGAUGGUCGUCGUCGUCGUGUCGAGAGCGGAAAUUCUGCUUCUCCUCUGGGCAUGGUUAUGGAGAUCGAAGGAAGAAACAGUCCGAAAAUGGUGACCGAUGGAUCUGACUAAGCGUCCAAAAUCGAAUCUCUGCCACUUUCAUGGCUUUUUUGUUUCUGUCUGUUCGUUAAAGUGAUUCCAUAAUCACUAUUACGUCUUUCUUUUGUUAUUUGUUUAUGAUUCCCACUACUAUUGCGUAGAUCACUGCUUGUUGGAAAUUGAGUCUUCACACAAAACCGGUUUAUAGUAAACCGGUUUCUUGAGAAACAAAUUGAUUUCUGAAACAUUUUUUUUUAGAAGGAAUCAAAUAAA